AUACAUUGCAAAAGUACACUCUUAACAGAUUUGCUGUCUAGAACGUUAGCCACUCACUCCCAAGGUACAUUGUUAAUCUUUAGUGAAUGGGAAACAGUUGGAAAGUUGACACUGACCUGUUUCAUUUUUGUGAAGCCGAUGAACACUGGUCCUUUUUCUUGUGAUACAAAUGCCACCGAUGGAUUUAGGAAAAGCAAAACUCUUGAGGAAUGGGAUAAAUGCACUUCAUCAAGCCAUCCAUCCUGUGCAUGGUUUAGCCUGGACAGAUGGCAAGCAAGUCAUCCUGACCACUUUACAUUUGCAAAAUGAAGAGCCAGAACUUGGCAGCUCUGUUGUGAUUGGCCAGUUUGAACACGUUCAUGGACUGUACUGGGGUCCAGUAACAGACAUUCUGGCUCUUCUGGCCGUUCAACACAAAAAACAUGUCACUGUUUGGCAAUUGUACUACAAUCCACUGGAAAAGAACAAGCUGGUUGUUUCUCAGACAUGUGCUUAUGGUGAAGCUCUACCCAUUCUUCCACAAGGUUGUAUUUGGCACCCGAAUAAGGAUAUCUUAAUUGUUUUAACCAAAAGGGACAUUACAGUUCUGUACUCUGUGUGCCAUAGCAAUAAUAACGCUAAGGCAGACAUUACAGGAGGCAGUGUGAUUCGGUGCGCCUGCUGGACUAAAGAUGGCAGUCGGGUUGUGGCAGCCAUGGAUGAUUCUCUUUAUUCUUACCUAUGGAAUGAUGACAACAAAACAUUAAGUCCAUGCUCUUUUUGUCCUGUGUUUAACAUUGACUCUACAAUAGUUGCUAUUCAGCCCACUGUUGACUACCAAGUUGUGGUGACCGCAGAAAAAAGUUCUACCAAUGUCCAUAAGGAGCUGGAUGAAUCAAAGGUGCAAAUGUCCCUUCUGAAACUAGAUGAAGAAUUGACAAGAAACAAUAGAAGAUUGUCUGUUGAUUCAGGGAAAUCAGAGCCGGCAGACUUUUUGAGGGUCUCUUCAUUAGUUCCAGCAGAUAUAUCCCAUAUCCUUGCCAGACAUCGUAAGUCUGAUCCUAGUCCCUUACUUCACAUGAAACAAAAGAGCAUUUCAGUGGAAAGUAAGCCAGAAUUGUCCAACCUUGUAAUUGUGACCUUCGAGAAAAACGCUACAACCACAAGAAAGGUAUCCCUACCAGGUAUCUCCACCCCGGAUAUAUUAGUCCUAGACUCCCAAUGUGAGAGAGCUGCAGUAUCGUCCAACACCUCCAACCUAGUGUUGAUCUAUCCCAUAGCUCCAUCAUGUAUGCCCAACAUCCAACAAAUCAAGCUUGAAGAGACUGAACGAGCCAAAGGUAUAUCUUUUCUUACUGAUACUAUGCUAUUAAUUAUGGCUGGAAGGCAAAGAUCUGGUGAUAUGGUGUUUCUGCCCAUCUCUGUUUCUGAAAAAUACACGGUCCAGUUACUAACAAGGAAAAUAAUGCCAAUUGAAUAUAUACCAUCAAGGUUAAAUUGUGAUCAAAAUAUUAUCAGUGACCAUUUCAAUAUCACGGCUGGCAAUAAACAACUUGGUGAUGACCACAGUGUGAGCAAAGAGUUCUGGAUGCCAAACCAUAUGGGCAGUAAACCUCUACGCAUCAGACGGAAACUGAGAGAAAUUGCCCGGGGGACCAGCUGUGAUCCAAGCCCAACAUCGAGUCUAGAUGACUACGAUGAAAAUAAAUCAUUGGCGGAAUCCUAUAGUCCAGUAACUCUUGAGAAUUUUCAGACUGAGCCAACAUCCCCAAGGGCUUUGAAGGUCAAUAGCGGGACAAUGAACAAGACUUUCUGCAGAUUUGUGUCUCAGAAGCCUUACAAAAAUGACUCAGAACAAACACAGGACUUUAUUGCAACAUCUAUCAAUGUUAAUGCUGAGGGAAUUAUGAACCCCGGACUCGAGGCUCAGGCAGUAGAGUCAGAAGAUUCAAAAAGCUACAUUAAGAUUUUGCCAUACCCAUCAUCAGAAGAUCCGCCUUGUGUAUCAGUUACUCUUCAGGCGUCAUCAGAUGUAGGAAGAGGUGCCUUCAGACUUGUUCUUUUAUGUCAUGGAAAACUUCACCUAAGGACUGUACGGGAGAUCUUUCACCUCCAAACCAUUGAAAUGAUGUUUGACACAAAGUGGGUCGUCCUGACAGAAGAUGGCGAGGGCUUUGCCCCAGUAAUAUUCAGACCCAAUCAAGAAGUUAUGAUACGUGAGGCAAAAGAUUCCUUAUCUUCCGCCACUGAGUCUACUGGAUCUACAGAGAAAAGGCAGUAAUGUGAACUUGAUGUGAUCCUUCAAUUAUGUUGUACGCUGCCGCUUGCUGUGAGGAGACCCUGAAAACAUGUGUUGUCCACAGAACUUGAAGAAUAGCAUGUUUUAGUAAUUAGGAAAAUGAUGUAGUCCUUAUUUUGCUACACUUUCUUUAAAAUGAAUAUUAUGCAGCAGUUAUCUAUGGCCACAUGUGAGGCUUGUUGUCACCGAGCCGGUAUUGGAGCAGUUAAAGGAGUUGUAAAGGAAAAAAAUGUUUUGCCUAAAAUUAAUGUCUGCAAGGUAGACAGACAG